GCCAGGCCAGCUUCUGGAUCCUGGACCUUCCUGGCUCAUUCUGGAGGUUCCCAGAUGGAGGCGAUGGCUUCCAACCAAGCAACUCCACUGCCAGGACUGGAUGGGGGCCUGGUUGCUGGUGCUGCCACAGCCCCCUUCACUGCCCUCCCCUUCAUGCUGUCGACUCCUGGGACAUCGGACCAGCCAGCAUGGGAGCCACCUACACAACCCCCCAUGCCUCCAGGGUUCUCUCCAGGAGACCCACUGGUGCUCUCUGCUUUCCCCAGCCCACUGUUGGUGACAGGAGAUGGGGACCCUGGCCCCAGUGGGGUGGGGCCCUGCAAGAUCAUUGUCAACGUCAAGACAGAAACUGUGCCAACUGGACCCUUUCAGACUCAGAACUUUGUUGUCACUCAGCCGGCCUUCAGUUGGAUCUCCUCAGGUGCUGCCGGUGGGGGCUCUGAGGCUGCUGCUCCUCUGUAUGUGAACACAUCUACUGUGAAUACCAUUGUGCCCGCUUCUGCAGUUUCUGUCAGCCAGGAGGGCCCCUCAGGCCUUCUUCCUCAGGUUCCACCACCAACUACUCUACUUGCCUCCAUUGUGUCCCCAGAAAUGGCUUGGCCAGGGCCACAAGGGACCACUGGACAGCCUUCACUGGGUGAACUCGCCUGUGUUUCUAAGGGUGUUUAUGAGAACUUCCGCCGCUGGCAGCACUACAGAGCCUUUGCCCGGAGAUACCUAUCCCAAAGUCCUGAUGUAGAAGCUCUUUCCUGCUUUCUCAUCCCAGUGCUUCGUUCCCUGGCUCGCCUGAAGCCCACUAUGUCCCUGGAGGAGGGACUUCCAAGGGCUGUGCAAGAGUGGGACCACACCAGCAACUACGGCCGGAUGGCUUUCUAUGAGAUGGCAGAAAAGUUCAUGGAGUUCGAGGCAGAGGAGCUGCAGUUGCAGAAUGCACAGCUGAGGGACAACUCCCAGGGCCCGUCUCCUACAGCCACAUUAAAACUGGAUCCUUCAGGGCCUCUGGCUCCAGAGGUUUGCCAACAGCCAGUGUAUAUUAUGAAGAAGACAGUCCCCAAGACACGGGCUCCCCGCCAGAGGCAGCGCAAAACCCAGAAGCCUCCAGUUCCGCGGGCUCCCAAGGAGAUCCCACCAGAAGCCGUGGAGGAGUAUAUUAACAUCAUGGAGGGGCUGGUGGGGCAUCACAUGGCUACCGGGGAGUCAGAUGAAGAAAAGGAAGAGAAGCAGCGGGCGGAUGAAGAGAUGUGUCCAGACCUGAGUCUCCUGAACUACAUGGAACAGCUGUGUUCUCAGGAAGCCUUUGUCUCCAAGGUGGAGGCGGUCAUCCACCCUCAAUUUCUGGCAGAUCUGCUGUCUCCAGAACAAGAGCGGGAUCCUUUGGCUUUAAGUGAGGAGCUGGAACAAGAAGAAGGACUCACUUUUACCCAGCUGAUCCGGAAGCGACUCGUGGCCUUAGAAGAGGAGGAUGUGGCGGGGCCUCCAGGUGGCAGUGGGGCUCAGCUAGACUCCAGUCCUUCUGUGUCUGAUGAGGAUGAAGAUGGGUGUGGGUGGCCUCAGCCCUCCCCUGGGCCUCAGGGGGCUGGAGGAACUACUGGGCUUGAAAAAUCUGCUUCUUUGGCAAAGCAGGCAAGUCAAGGGCAAGCCCUCGAUGGUCCAGGCAGCAUGUGCAGGGAUGAGAAUGUUCUCUCAUCUUCCAGCAGUUGGGACCUGCAGGACGAGUUUGUGUCUACACGGGGAGCCCAGGGACCCCUGUAUAUGGAGAUGACAGGGUCUGGGGAAGUUAUAAGUGAGCUACCUCAGUAUCAGGAGAGCCUCCUGGAACAUGCUCUGUCUCCUGGGCACUGCCUGGUGGCUGACGACAAUCCAGUGGCUUUGUCCCUUAGCUGGCAGGAAAGCCCCGAGCUCCAGACAAUUCCCAGUUUGGAUGUUGGACUUGCAGAGACAUCUUUGCAAGGCCAGGGGUUAGAAAAGCCUGACCCAGGGUGGGAGGCAGGACAAGAGGCAGAGGAAUUUGAGGUGCUUUCUCAAGAGCAGGAGUCUUCAGGAGUGCCCCAGAAAGGAGCCAUGUGGGGAGCUGAGCAAAAUCUUCCCAUGGCUCAGGGUUAUAAUCAGAACCCUUACCCUGGAACAGCUGGACACAGGACCUGGGUCAGCCCAGAGUUGUGGCUGAGCAGUGAGAUGGAUGCUGCAGGUUUGGCAUUGCCUUUAGAAAUUGAAAAGGUCAUAGAGAGCUUUCAAGAUGGAAAGUUCUUAACUGAGCACCAGGCACUGGGCUCCACAAACACCCUUUCUCUGGAUCCCAGAGAAAACGCAGGGCCCGGGGACCUGGGGAGCAGUGCAAUUCCCUGCGGAAGCACAGAUGUCUCAGCUGCCUUAGCAAACUACUGCAGCUUGGAAGAAACUCUGAGGGCCAGCAGCCCAGACUUGGUGUGUAAAGGCAAUGGAGAACAGAGCCCUGAGAUCAUACAGGAUCCCAGUAACCUGUGGGCUGAAAGUAGCUCCUUACUGCUGGAAAGCAGUGUUGGUACCUCUGUAGGAAUCUUGGGGUCUUCUGAAGAAACUCUGCCGCCCAUGUGCCAAGGCAGUCUCCUUAUUCUGGGGACCCCAGAUGACUCCUUCCCCCAGGCCAGCCAAGAUGCAGGGAGCAGAGGCAAUCGUUUUUCUUUUCCAUUAGAAAUCACAGAACAAGUCAACAUACUAGAUGUUAGGGAUGAAUAUGGUCUCCAACCAGGGGUCAGUGAGGAUACCUGCCCACGGAUGCUUAAUUCUUAUGACCCCCAAGAGGGCAAGAAAGACAUUCGUGUGUCUAAGCCUAACCACCUUGUUCCUUUACAAGGUAAGCCAGAGUCUCACACACUUCGGGCCCUCAAAUCAACAGCUCCUCACCAGAGCUUUGGGAGCACUUUCCCUAGAUGGGGAACUAAGGAUACUUUAAGAGGAUCCUCUCAUAAGAGUAAAAAACACAACUCUGGAAGUGGAGCCAAAAAAAGGCAGAAAGUCCAAGAGGAAGGGGAGGAUGAGCAACUCUCUAACUUUACUUACCUCUUGGCUUCAAAACUUAGCUUAUCUCCCAGAGGACUUCCUGUUGAAACUCACUGUGCCUUAGGAGGCGGAGGCAUCCAGAGAGCACCCCAAGCCUCUGUUGAUGCAAGAGGCUUUGGCCAACUUCCACACACUGUCACCAAGUCUGGGAAGCGAGUUCUAGCUGAAGGUUCAGCCUCUGCUGAAAAGACAUCCCAGGCAGGUCAUCUUGGAGUCUCUGGGGAAAAACCUGCAGUCCAGGAAGUGGUGCCAUCCUCACAGCCUCACAAAAGGCGGCGUGACACUUCUGUGACAGGCAGGAGGAAGAAACGCCGUCGUAGCCAGUAGGAAGUUGAGGGACCAUCCUGUCCCACCUGCCAGUCCCCGGAAGCGAGUAUCCUAGUAUAGAUGUGACUGGCUGCUUACCCAUGGAGUCAGCCUUGGGCCAAUGCUACGGUUUUAUGUUGGAUGGAAGUCAGACUGGCUAGGUUGCAGGGCCGCUUAGUGGGAAG